AUGAAUUCUCUCUACUCACAACCUUUUGCUCACUACAACACACAGCCGCUUAACAUGCAAGCUUCACAGCAGCAGCAGCCUCAGGCUCAGAACUCCCAAAAUCAGAAAAUCCACUAUAACGACAUUCGAAGGAUUGCCUUGGGAAUAGCUAUACCGAGGGAUUGGUAUGGUUUGGAUCUUGAAGCAGAAGGGGCGGUUUUCCAUGUCGGUGAAAUACUGAGUAUAGUAAUCCAUACGGCAGCAAUCAUCGCCAAGGAAGUUAUUGUACAGAAGGCAGGGAUGCGGUGA